GAACCGAACGCGGUGGGGUGGGGAGCGAUGACAGGCACGGAGCCCCACUGAUGGACCGGAGGAGAUGUGCUGCCUAUUGCUGGGUGAAGUCGCUCACCGGUCCUGAGGUGGAAAUCUGUUGCUCUAGAGGGGGAAAAUGUACUGCAGGAGUGUGUGCUGUAACCGCUGGUCAUCUGAGGAGAGGUUAGAUGGGAAAACAGUCAUCAUCACUGGAGCCAACACUGGGAUUGGCAAAGAGACGGCCAGAGAUCUGGCAAGAAGAGGUGCUCGCAUCAUCAUGGCGUGCAGAGACUUGGAGAGGGCAGAGGAGGCACGGACAGAUAUUCUGGAAGACACAGGAAAUGAGAACGUGGUCAUCAGGAAACUGGAUCUGUCUGACACCAAGUCCAUCAGAGCCUUCGCUGAACUCAUCAACAAAGAGGAGAAACAAGUGAAUAUCCUGAUAAAUAAUGCAGGCGUUAUGAUGUGUCCCUACUCCAAGACUGCUGAUGGGUUUGAAAUGCAGUUAGGGGUCAAUCAUUUGGGUCACUUCUUGUUGACUCACCUGCUGCUGGACCUCAUCAAGCGUUCGGCUCCGGCCCGUAUCGUUGUUGUGGCAUCGGUGGCUCAUACCUGGACUGGGCUUCGACUGGAUGACAUCAACAGUGAGAGGAGUUACGACACCAUGAAGGCCUACGGACAGAGCAAACUGGCUAAUGUGCUUUUUGCACGUUCACUGGCCAAACGGUUACAAGGUACAGGAGUGAGCGUGUUCUCUCUGCACCCGGGGGUGGUGCAGUCGGACCUGUGGAGGCACCAGCACCAGUGCAUCCAGGUGGCGGUGAAGAUCUUCAGGAUUUUCACCAAGACAACAGUGGAGGGAGCACAGACAACCAUCUACUGCGCCGUGGAGCCAGGCCUGGAGAGCCUGAGUGGAGGGUACUUCAGCGACUGCGCCCCUGCAAGGACCUCGAGGGCUGGUUCCGAUGAUGAAUCGGCCCAGAAACUGUGGGAGAUCAGCUGCAACAUACUCAGCAUCACCUGGCAGUGAAUACCGGUGAAUUAACCACACAAUGAAAGACGUUGCAUUCUUUGUGUAAAUACCAUCUUUUAAACAGCACUGUUAUGCACUUUUAUAGAUCCAUUAAUGUUACUGUUGUGAAAAAAAAGUAUUUUAUGACACAGAGUAUAGUAGAGUCCAAUGGUAUCCAGACUGCAUCAAAGAUUGUCUUUAUUUUAUGAUUUAUCUCCCCAAAAAUUCUGAUGUUUAGUGAAAUAUCAAAUGUAUGAUGUUAAUCCUGGUGCGAAAGUGUUUGUUAAAAUUCUCCAUCAUUCAGAUUGUUUUUAAUACUAAGAAAUUAUUUUACUGGGCUGUUUUUUACUUACUGAUGGGGCAUUUGGGUUUAGAGUGCUGAUGCUGCUCUACCUUGUAAAGACGUCUCAUGUUUUUGUUUUGAAAGAAAAUGAUCUGAGAUGUGAAAUUCUCUCUUAAACUUUCAGUUUGUUUGUCACAAGUUCUAGUGUGGCGGUAGGAUAGUUUUUGGCUCCAAACUACCUCCGAAAGUCCCUUUUCAAAGCAACAUUUGACUGAAAUACAUAAUCAGUUCAAACAUUUUGAAGCAAACAAUUAAAACACUUCGAUGACAGUUCAUAUGAGGUGCUUCCUGUUAAAGUCGUUUCCAUGAAGGAGGAAUUUCCAGUAAGCUGCAAAAGAUCAAAGUGUACAUUUAAUGUUCAGUAAGAUUUGUGGAAAUGUUUUUUGACAAAUUGUUUCAUAGAAUUGGUUCAUGUCUUUUCUCUGAACUGACGAACGCAAAUGUAACAUUUCUCAGUGGCGUCGCUGUAUCAAGGUAAUAAACUGCAACCGCAAUAUGAGUGCAUGUGGUUGUAAUCAUGAUGUGUCAGCAUGUUGAGGCUUCAUGACUAUAAAUGUCUUAUGUAACGCUAGAGCAAUAAAUCGAAAUUUAACUCAUUAAACUGUCCAACAUUGUAAA